AUGGCAGGGUACAGUCUCUAUCUUCGCUUCAUGUCCAGAAACUCCAGCUGCAGUAACAGCAACAACAGCCUGGUCCACACUGCCGACGAUAUUAGCACACUGAAGAUUUUAUGCCAUAUGGCUCCUGAACAAGUCCUAGAUUUCCGUGGAAGAAUGCCCGAUCCAGAUGCCAACUGGCAGACCAAGCUUAGUAUCCUAAUUGGGUUUGGUGCAACUGACAAAAAGGGCUCCUCCUACUUUCUCCUCUUUAACGACGAGGUCUGGAUGUCAAAGCGUUCCUCUUUUCUUCCCUUUAUGUCCCAGACAGGAAAAAAAUAG